AUGGCGUCUACCAAUGGCACUCACAACGGCAACGGCAAUGGCGUGGUCCAGCCUCAAACCAACGGCAACGGCAACAAGGCGCACCUCAAGAAGGCGUCCCGCAAGCUGUCCAGCCCAAUGAUGCCAGCCUUCAUGGUCUCCGCUCCCGGCAAGGUCAUUGUUUUCGGCGAGCAUGCUGUUGUCCACGGAAAGGCGGCCAUCGCUGCAGCCACUUCUCUCCGCUCAUAUCUCUUGGUCACGACGUUGUCGAAAUCGAAACGCACCGUGUCCUUGAUCUUCCCCGACGUGGACAUGUCGCACACGUGGGACAUCGACGAACUGCCGUGGUCCACAUUCUCGCACCCGUCCAAGAAGAAGUACUACUACGACCUCGUCACCAGUCUCGACCCCGACCUGAUUGCUGCGAUCCAGCCUCACUUGACCGAUAUCUCCCCUGAUAAGGACGACGCUGUGCGCAAGAUCCACCGAAAUUCUGCGCUUGCAUUCCUCUACAUUUUCCUCUCUCUGGGCAACCAAUCGUUCCCUGGCUGCUCAUACACACUACGAUCUACCAUACCAAUUGGCGCUGGUCUUGGAAGCAGCGGCUCAAUUGCAGUAUGUCUCGCCGCUGCUCUGCUCCUACAAUUACGAGCCCUCUCCGGGCCGCACCCUGAUCAGCCCGAAGAGGAAGCUCGUCUACAAGUAGAGAGGAUCAACAGGUGGGCAUUCGUGGGUGAAAUGGCCAUUCACGGGAACCCAUCUGGCGUCGACAACACAGUGUCCACGCAAGGAAAGGCAGUUGUGUUCCAGCGGACAGACUACAGCAAGGCGCCGUCUGUGCGACCGCUGUGGGACUUCCCGGAGCUGCCCCUGCUGCUGGUGAACACCAAGCAGUCGCGCUCCACGGCGCAUGAGGUGGCAAAGGUCGCAAAGCUCAAAGACACGCACCCCAAGCUCGUUGGCGGCAUUCUGGACACCAUUGACAAGAUUACGAAGACAGCAGAAGGUCUGAUAGAAGAGGACGACUUCGAAAGCAAGGACUUGGAGAGUCUGCGCAAGCUCGGCGAGCUGAUGACUGUCAACCACGGGCAGCUGUUGUCACUCGGCGUCUCACACCCGAGACUAGAGAGGAUACGCGCCUUGGUCGACCACGAAGAUAUUGGCUGGACAAAAUUGACAGGAGCUGGUGGUGGGGGCUGCUCAAUCACACUUUUACGGCCCGAUACUCCACGUGAGAAGCUCGAGCGACUGGAGGGGCAGUUAGAAGAGGAGGGAUACGAGAAAUUUGAGACAACACUGGGUGGUGAUGGUGUCGGCGUCCUCUUCCCCGCGGUUAUCAAGAACGGCAUGGACGAGGAUGAGGAUGGCGGCAUGGAGAUCGACCUGGACAUGUUCCUCAAUGUCGAGGGCAACGAGGGAGUUGAAAAGCUUGUUGGGGUCCACGGGGGUGCAGGCGAGAGGGAAGGAUGGAAGUUCUGGAGGGUGCGUGAUUGCUUGAUAAAUGAUUCCGGCGAUCUAAUACGGGCAAACAGCCAGCCGCUGGUACAUAUCUACAGGAACAACUCUCUCAACUCCACACAGAAUUUCGGUGUACCAAUUACCCAAUCAAUCAGCUGCUCACUUGAGGCAGGCCAACUCCACAAUCACCUUACUCACUCGUCAAUGGCUAUCACCGAGAUAGGCAUCAUCGAAUGCUCCCCUUCGUCACCCCUUGAUGCCCUCAGAAACAUCUUUACCAAAGACAAUGAAGUCAUCAACACUUGGGCCUCAUCUAAGCCUGACCUCAACUUCGAGGGGACCUGGCUCUUCGAGCAGGUCGAGAACCCAUCCGUCAUCAUGAUGGCCGCGAAAUGGAAAGACAUCGGGGCGCACGGAGUGUGGAUCACAAGUGAAGAGCACGCACGUGUGCUGGGUCUCAUCGUGCCACAUCUGGCCAUGGAUGGCGGGAAGCCAAAGGGUGACCUAUGGUAUCUCCAGGCGGAUGUGAUUACUUCUGCAGCGGAGAGUUGCGAAGAUGAGAUGCGGAGCACCAUUCCACUCCUAGAUAGCCCUGUCAUUAGUGUUGGUCGUCAUUUCGUGGCUACCGAUCGCAGAGAUGAGUUCUCGAGAAAGUUCCAAGAGGUCAGAGGGCUCCUUGAGUGCUUCGCGGAACCAUUUGCGGUCAGGGGAUCGUGGAGGAUAGGUGUCGAGGAUGUGUCGCGGGAUCUCGAGUUUGUCGUUAUCAGCGGAUGGCCGAGUGUCGAGAAGCAUGGGCAAUUCGCCGAGCACGAGAGCUUUGCGAAGUACAGAGAGUUAUUGGGGUUUGCCACCGGUUCCGAGGUUCGACAUUAUCGGAGAGUCGUGUAG